AUGGAUUCGUCAUUAUCUGCUCUAUUUGAAAGGUUGCGUGGUCGAACGCCUGGCAGCACACUCAGCAGUCUCGGGCUGAAGACGUACAAUGAUAUCUUUGGUGCGGGAAACUCGAAUACAAACGCAACACCAAGAGAAUCACAUUCUACUGUCCAACCAAGCACACCCGGUCGUAUUCCGGGUGUCCAGCUUGUGGGCCCGACAUUAAGGAGGUCGCUCCCUACUGUCCAACCGAGUACACUUGGUGAUAUUCCAGAACCCGUACCUAUAGACCCGGCACUAGAGGGACCACAGUCAACGGGCCAACCAAACAAACCAGGUAAUCGCCAACAAUACCAAUCAAGUGUAAAUCAAAUCGACAAUGCCAAUGCGCAAACACAGGCGGCAGGAAACUGGAUGAGCCGGCCACCACCAGGGAGCACGACGCCGACACAAGUGCCUCCAAGAAAAAGAGGCAGACCGCGAGGUUCUCGUGCACCAAGGCGGAGAGAUAUUCGAGAAGGAAAUCGGGUGCAGGAGCAACAGCCAAGUGCAUACCAAGUCGACACCAUCAAUACUCAAAUACAGGGACCUGAAAGCUGGAUGAGUCGACCGCCGCCAAGGAGUAAGACGCCAAUACAGGCGCCUCCAAGAUCAAGAGGCAAACCGCGAACUUCUCGUGCAUCAAGACGGAAAGAUGCCCGGGAAAGAAACUGGCGGCAAAGGAGACAAACCCAACAGCAAAGACCACUGGUUGCCGUUGGGACCCCACCAGCCAGUUCCCAGUUGCCAUCUAAUGCUCCACAGCAACUAAAACCUGUACCAGUGCAACGGCUUAUAGCACCAAACCCCACACAAGCUGCAGAAAUAAGCAUCGCGAGCCAAUAUCACCGGCACAAUGCACUAGGCAUGCAGCAAUAUAUGAGCAUUCCAAGCUUUUCAGAUGCGGAUCAACAUGGCCAACAAGAACUUGGCGCCAAGCGUAAGGCUGACCAACACGGACAAGAACAAAACAAAAGGCAAAAUCGAACACAGGUUGAGAAUAGCAACCUUAAAGAGCAAACCCAGGCAUUCAAGAGAGCUAUUAAGUAUCUGGAAGAUGAAUUUACAGAGAAGGAGAGAAUAUCCUACACAAAGAAUUGGCGUAAGCCGGUCCCCCGUGAGAGGAAUAUAUCCACAGUCAUGGACUUUUAUCAAGCAUUUCACAACAUAGACACCCUACCCAUACACACAUGCAUGAUAUGCUAUCAGAAGAUCAGCACCAUGGAGAUAAAAGAGCUUAGCUGGGAAGAGUGGACGAAUAGCGCAGCGAUGAAUAGUUGCCGCACGUAUUCAUGUCCCGAUUGCUUCCCUAUUGGCAAGGCUAUACCGAGCUGCGAAAACUGUGCAAUGAAGACCCGCGAAUGCAAUAUGGCGCGGGGCGGGAACUUGCAUCAAGCACUUAGUUGCGAGCACAUGUACCCGGAUGCUCUCAGAGACUUGACAUUGGUUAAGGAGAAGCUAAUCGCACUCAACACCCAUUUCGGUUUCGUUACAAGAAUCAAAGUCACAAAAAGCACCAAACAGAGUACGGCAUAUACACGGCAUGUGAAGGGUCAUAUAACUGUGUUUCCAAACAAUGUUCAAGACUUGGUUACCACAGUACUACCACAUCCGCUUCUACAAUCUUUGGAGGACAUCCAUAUAUCCUGGCAUGGGCCGCAGAGACCAGCGCCCAGCGAUCUAUCCAAGUUGCUCUCAGUCCGGCGAGGAGCUGUGGAACGGGCGUUGCUUUGGCUAAAAGAAUUUAACCCCCACUAUCGGCACAUCGAAAUCGACAAAGCCGAGUUGGAUAGUUGGGGAGAGCCGGCGCAUGGGGUUCCGAGCCAGAUCUAUGACAGGAUAGAGAGAGAUGAACCAUCGGCAUGGGAAGAAACGCGAACAGCGCACAUUGUGCCCCCGGCAGAACGUGGAAUGGAUGACACUGGGCCCCAGUCACUCGAACAGAUUGUGGACGGGCUAGGCAGAGCGUAUAAUGAGAAUGAUGUAAGUUACGACGAGGAUCAGCAGCUCUAUGACGAGCGCAGUCAGGAGGAGCUCGAGUAUAAGGGCAUGGGAAGCUUUCUUGAUGAGAUCCUUGCAUCUGGUAUGUUUCCGCUGGAUACAGCACCGCGAGCAACAGAUGCCGAUAAACUGCAAUUUGCCAUUGAUACAAUCAGAGGUGGACAGACAAAUGCGCAGGCACAGCCGCCCAGCCCGCCGGCUGGGAGCGCGCAGGAUUCGCACCUUCAGCCAUACAUUCACAUUUCAAGAGGCAACGAGUUUGCAGAUAUCAAUGAUCUCUGGCAUCUUACAAAAGCAUUUCCAACACUAUUCCCGUUCGGUUUUGGUGGGCCACGGUGCAAGGAAGAGAUGGAAUCGGAGCUGUGGAAGAACAGUGUCCAGCUCACAGGGCAUAUCCGUAAUAGAGACGGUAUUGGAGAGGGUGGAGAGGAUGCGAUUUCGUCAACACGUAAUCUCGGACUUCGCGCAUGGAUAAAGAAAGUGCUGCAACGACAUGGUGGUCGCUUUGCCAAUCAUCCGGCGUUUUCAUUCCUAGUCUUCAACAUAGAGGUUCGGUCUAGGAAUAGAGGAGUAAGUAUGGUGAGCGUGCGACGGACCGAUUUUCCUGAGGUUGAGAGGAUCAUUCAGUCGUUAACACUAGAGAGACUGGCGGAAGUGCAAAAGGAGUUAGAGGCUGGCGGGAGCACCCGAGAUGAAGAUAUCAAAAAGCUCCUGCGACACAUUUCAUACUUUGGCUACAAACAGGCCAUGUCGCAGGAGUCGCGGCUAGCCAUGCGCAGAAAGAUCAAAGCGCUCAUCAUCAGAUACGGUAUACCGGCGAUUUGGUUUACGCUGAAUCCUAAUGACAUUACGAACCCGGUAAAACUACGUCUAGCGGCAUACCGAAAGGAGGACAAGGCUGCCGCGGAAGCAACCCUGCUUCGGGCCCUUCAGGAUAGGUAUGAGAGAGUGAAGCUGGCGAUAACUGACCCCAUAAGCUCUGCCAUCUUCUUCCACCGCGAAGUAGAGAUGUUCUUUGAGCAUUACGUCAAGGUUAGGGAGGAAUCUGUGUUUGGUCAGAUUGGACAGUAUUUCGCCGCCGUCGAGACCAACGAACGCGGUGCUCUUCAUGUCCAUGGUUUGCUAUGGCUCGAGGGGAACUUAGAGCUCGGAAACUUCAUCGUUGCUCAUGGAAACGGGGAGGAUGAUGAGAGUUCGGCGAUGGAACGGGAAGGAAUCCUGAAAUAUGUCGAUUCUGUCUUUACCGAGGAUCUGGACGAAUCUGCUGCCUUUAGCGAGGGGAGCAAGACUAGGGUGGUUUACGACAACAUAUCCUACCUGAUGACCGAUGCAGGGCGCUUCUCUGAACAGUUUGACGAUGAAGCCCACUUUUGCGCAGGCAGGCUCCAGAUGCACGUCCAUACCGCAACUUGUGUCAAAUACUCUCACAACAAGGAGGGGGACAAAAAGCCUACAUGUCGAUUCCAUGCGCCUUGGAAGCUCUUUACAAACAGCGAAUUCGGCGCGGAUGGUAUACUUCGGCUCCAACGCUCACAUCCCAUGAUCAACCGAUGGAACAAGGCAAUGGCGGUUGGGUUGCGGCACAAUCACGACAUCUCCUUCAUCGGAACCCAAAGCAAGACAAUGGCGCUGAUAUACUACUUGACAAACUACGCCACAAAAAUCGAAGAUCCGAUCUGGAAGAGAGUGGCCAUAGCAGCAGAGCUCUUUCCGACUAUCAGCACAACCAGCGCCGUGGGGCUAGGUGCAACAACUACAAACUACGAAGCCAAGGCAAAUAUAAACCGCCAGUAUCUGAUGAGAAUCGCAAACAGAAUAUUCACCGAGCGACCAUUAUCGCAGGUGGAGGUGAUUGCGCACUUUCUGGAUUACCCAACGAGUGUUACAAACAAGCGAGUGUUACAAAAAUCCCUCAACCUACAACACGUCCGCUUCGUGGAUUGA